UAAUUAACGCCCUUUUCUCUCCCGUCAAAAAGAAAAAACACCAAACUAGAGAGAGAAACAACAAAGACUCGUCCAUCAUCGGACACCAAAAUAAACCUACUUUCAGUUUUGCUGCUCAUUCAUUUCUUGUUUAUCUCUAAACAAAACCUCUUUCAAACAACAGCAGUUGUCAAAAAACUGACUACAGAGAGUUAGAAUCCAUGGCUGCUGCUACUACUACUGCAACUGUUGUUGAAGCUUCUCCAGAAGAAGAUUAUACUUCACUUAAUGAUCUUAAAAUAGAAAUAGAUAAAGAAAAGGAUACAUUUUCUCUUUGCAUUUGGAUUUAUCUCCUAAGUUCUACUUCUUCUCCUGCUAUAAUUAUUCGCCAGAUUCAUUCUGGUGUCGAGGGCGAUGCUCCUUUCCUUGUGUUGAACAAGGAUAAGAAAUUAGCACUGUUGCCAUUGUUGUUCCUACACAAAGAGGCUACCCAAUCAGGAGAAUCCUUUCUGUGGUCUGAAGUUCCAUCCGUCUCGAUCGAGUUUGAGUUUCCAUUGGAAAAAUGGGUCCACGUUGGAUGUGAGGUAUCAACUAAUGCGGUGCGUCUUCAUGUUGAUGGAGUAUGGGUUGGAGAAAACUCAUUAACUUCCUUCUCUAAGGAUGAUGAUUCUGGAGUGGAUAAGUUGAAGAGACUAACUUUGGCUGGUUCUAAUGGAGAUAAUCAGGAAGUGCAGGGUUAUGUUCAUUAUCCUCAGAUAUUGCCUCCAACAUCCUCUAUUAAUAGUCACUUUGUUGAGAAUCCUCCUGUAGUAUUAUCUAUCGAUUAUUCAAGCACAUAUGAGAUUGAAGAAGGCGAAGAUGGUGUUUGGAGCAUUAUUGGUGGCAAGGCCUCCUGUCGCAGAAAUUUUUCCUUGGACGUCGUUCUGUUAGAUGCCUUCAGUCAUCCCGUGAACAAGGAAAUGGAGGUUGUGGCUUCUCUUCAAUACGCUGACAAUGGAUUGCCUGUUGAGAAACCAAAUGAUGCAGAGGCUCCCCUUUUAACAAGCUAUGACGGAAUUGAAUUUGCUUCUUCUGCAAGACCAAGCAAACUAAUACAUGGCCGGGCUACCUUUAAGCUCAAAAUAUCUCAGCUAUCAUCAAAAUGUGACAAUAGGCUGUUCCGUCUUCAUUUUGGCUCGGCAAGAUCUGGGAAAUAUCCUUUCCUUGAGGCAUUUUCUCAUCCAGUUCGAUGUAUCUCAAGAAGCCGUAAUAACCGUAUGACCUCUGUAGCAUCGGCAAAGGCAACCGCUGGACCUCAACCAAUGGUAUUGGAUGAUGAAUCCCCAGAAACUCAACACAAUAAUGGAGAUAGUCAUCCAAGUACCCUAGGUUUGAUAGUCAGUCCAAAUCCAAAGCGUGUCAAAGUUGGAGGUGAAAUGCAAUCUGUCAGGAACCAGGCUGGCCCUAAUGCAGACCAUUCUCAAAGCAAUAAGCAGGGUGACAAUGCUUUUGAGGCAACUGAAGAGGGGAAACCUGAAAAUCUCGACGAAAGUGAUAACACUUUGUCUGACACUGAAAGUGUGCAAGCAAGAAAACUGAAUUCCGUGUUGACAAGUAGUUAUAAUACAAUCUCAGAUUUUACCAUUUUUAAAUACUGCCUUGGAGGAAUUAAUGACCGCUUACUACUGCUGAAGGAAAUUGUAUCCUCUGCUACUGAUCAAGAAAUUAUGAACUUCGCUCAACAGAUUACUAUUUACACUGGGUGUUCCCACCACCGGUACCCAAUAUCAAUUGCGAAGGCAUUGGUGCAGGAAGGAAAUGACACCUGGUUCUCGAUUUCGAAGGGCAGCCGUCAAGUCCUGUGGAAAGAGGCAAUCUUUGAGAUUGAACAGAAAUUCAUGAAGAUCUCUCGUGGCACUACUAGGUCUUUGACAGCACAGGACCUUGAGCUUCUAAGAAGAAUUGCUGGAUGCGGAGACAAUAUGACUCAAGAAAACUUUGACAAGAUGUGGCAUUGGUUAUAUCCUGUGGCUUUUACUUUAUCGAGAGAUUGGAUAAAUGCAACAUGGGGGUGUAUCUCGCCGAAAUGGAUAGAAGGAUUGAUCACAAAGGAAGAAGCAGAGGCUUCACUGAGAGGUCCUAGGGGAUGGCAAGAACCUGGCACAUUUAUUCUGAGAUUUCCUACUUCAAGAAGCUGGCCUCACCCUGAUGCUGGUAGUUUAAUUGUUACUUAUGUUGGUGCUGAUUACACUCUCCACCAUAGAUUACUUGCUCUUGAAAAUAGGGAAUUAGAUCAGAAACCACUGCAAGUUCUGUUAUUGGCAGAACCCCAGCUUACAUCAUUGGGAAGGGUGGCAAGAGAUAUCACUAUGUUUGCUUGAGAAGAUGGCUAGAAAUUCCUCAUUGCUGGACAACAAAGAUGAUUAAUUCCUGUGAUUUUUCUGUUGGUUGUUCGCCUCAUUUUUCCUUCUUUCUGUGUCCUGUGUUUGUAUAUUAUUAAUUGCGGGUGUUUGUAUCAGUGAGUUCUAAGAGUAGAGUAGUACGGGAAAAAAUGGCACUGAAUUCAGAGAGGAAUCACAAACUAUGCUCCUGUGUACAGAAAAGAAUGAAAAAUCUAGCCAUAUUGAAAUGUUUACAGUCUGAGAUGAGUUGUUGUCUAA